CGAGGCGCGGAUCGGCUCCUCUGUGACGUCAUCAGCGCGCGCCGCUGGUCUUCAGUCUGCUGGCCUCCGGAAUGGGCAGAUAUCACCAGCCCACACUGAACCACUGAUUUAUUGACCGAGCUCCAGCGAGAGUGUGUGUUUUUGCUCGUCGUCUACACGAUGCCAUGCGGAGGUAAGGUGAUGGAAGCGGCCAGCGGGAGGGUUUCAGAGCUGAUUCCAGUGGUGCUUUUUCCGCGGCUGCCAGGCUUUGUCCCAUCCUCUGUUCAGUAACAGCACCCAUUCUCAUCCCCAAUCACCAUGAAGCCAGUCCACGAGCGCAACCAGGAGUGCCUCCCUCCCAAGAAGCGCGACCUCCCUGUUGACAACAACAGCAACACCUCUACCAACAACAGUCACAGCAGUAGCAUCAGCAGCAGCUUUGGGAGUGCAGGAGGAGGAGGAGGAGGAGGAGGAGGUGGUGAGGAUGCCCCGUCUUCACAAAGUUCUGGAGUGAGCGGAGAAGGUAGUGGCGAAUGGGUGCGAGCCCAGCAGAGCAUGCAUUAUGGGGUGGAGUGUGCCGAGGGUCUCGUUGGGCUUCCUGUGGAUCAGUAUAGCAUGCUUUAUAAAGUAGCUCUGCCCGCUGGCACCUACUCGCCCACCAAUCUGCACCCCGUUCUCAGCCACAUUUCUCCUGCCUACACCGUUCCCUCCCCGGUGUUACAGCACACGAGCGUUCCCUAUCCUCCGCUCUGCUACACCCACAUCCCUCACUCCUCCCUGCAGGAGUUUCCCUUGUAUGGUUACGCCAUGCCUCCGGGAUUCGUUCCCAGCCCUUUGAUGCCACCUCAGUCCGCUAUUUCCCAGCCACACUCCGUUUCCCACCUGGUUCCGUAUCCAUCAGUCAUUCAGGAAGGAGUUGGCUCUUCGCAGCAGCAGGUUUCGACCCAUGCAUACACCAAAAUGGGAGUUCCUCUUGUGCAAACGGCGACACAAGCACAGCUCGGGACUGUAGGGAUGCUGCCUGCCGGGGAGCUCAGCCCGAGAGCGCUGUACUAUAACCCCACCAUUAGGGGUGUCCAGCCACAAAGAGACCUGCACAGCAGCUCCAUGGAGCAGGAGAGGGAGGUGAACGGAGGAGACCGAGAGCACGGAGGCAGGGAGAGCCAUCAAGAUGUAGUUUAUUUGGCCAGAAGCACACAACUGUUGCAGGCCACUGCGCCCGAGCCACAGCAAGACAAGAGCUUGAAAAGCCGCAGGCCGGAGGGCCGAAUGUCACCAGGACAGAGGAGCACACCGGACACUGAUCUCGAGGUCCAGCAGGUGGUCGGACGACUAGCCUCUCCUAUCCACGGCAUGAGCCGCAAGGAAGCAGCACAUGUCCCUCUGAACCUGUCUCAGAGCUCUCAGAGGGGUCGAGAGACUCAGGGCGAAGUCAGAACUCCUUAUGCAUCAAAUCAAGCUGAAUCUAGAGCACAAACGCAGCAGUACGUUCAACAAGGCCAUGCCGUUAUCUUGGCCAACGGGCAGCCUGUUCUUGUGCCUCUGGACUACCAUCACCAACAACAGCAACAGCAGCAACAUUUCCAAUCCAACGAUGUGGCCUCCGCAGCAAUCGCUGCUUCUCCCGCUGCAUAUACUAAAGCCAUGGAUGCAGGAGCAUGUCUCCCAGAGCGGGCAGUGGUGGAUCUGCCUCCCCAACAGGGGCAACAGCCCUCCCAGCAGCCUCCUGGUACUUUCUCACAGGCUCCUCUGCUGGCACCCUCCGGCCCGUCGCACUUCAUGAAGGGCGCCAUCAUCCAGUUGGCUACCGGAGAGCUCAAGCGUGUAGAAGAUCUGCAGACUCAGGACUUUGUGCGGAGUGCAGAAGCGAGCGGCGGGCUGAAGAUCGACUCAAGCAUGGUCGUGGACAUCCGCGCUAGUCAACAGCGGCCUGGUCUAGUGGCGCUGCAUUUCAACGUGGGGGAGCAGCAGAGCAAAGUGACUAUAGAUGUUCCCCCCGAACACCCGUUUUUCGUUUUUGGCCAGGGCUGGUCAUCUUGUAGCCCAGAGCAGACUGCACAACUUUACGGUCUAACCUGCCACCAUCUGCAAGUGGGUGACGUCUGCGUGUCUGUGACGAUGCAUCAGCAAGCCGCACCGCAACAGAAACCUCCUCAGCAAGUGCAGGCCCGGACUCCAACCAAAGUCAACUCCACGUCAGGAGCCCCACCUCAGCCCAUGGGCCCCCCUGCACCCCAGCACACUCCUCGGCCACAAAGCCAAUUAAAAAUGGAGCGUAUCCACCGAGAGAGGGACCGGGACAAGGAGGAGCCCAUGCAGGUCGGGGGUUCGAGACAUGUCGACAUGCUCCCAAAACCGAACAGGACUUCAGCAGAGCACAAUCGGAGCCAGAGCAACUACUAUUUGCACACUGAGGGUCAUGCUCCACCGGGAACUGGAGCGGGAGCCUCCUCCGUAGGAGCGUCCCAGAGGCGCUGGUCUGCCCCUGGCUUCCAAAGAUACAGCUUCAAGAACGAGGAUGGAGGGAGUUUAGCAUCAGCUGCCACCUCUGGCUCCUCUCGGCUGUCGUUUAUCCCUCAGGAGGUCAAGCUUUCCAUCGAGGGCCGGUCAAAUGCCGGGAAGUAGCAGACAAAAGUGAUUGUCCAUGGGAGCGAAGUGUCAAUCGGGCGAACAGAUGCGAAAAAGGGAGCGUGGUCGGAGGGAGAGAGAAUGUAGCCUCAGAAUGUUUGAGAUUUUGCACAUAUUGGAAGAUUCCCCCUGCCGCCCCCUUCUUCAGUUCUGGUCUCGAGCAGAGGACUUUUGUGUCAGGUCAUAGUCAGCGUUCGCAAUGAUCUGCAUGGGCAGCUUAAUCCGGUAAAUCACGUACCAAAGCCUGCGUCGUCUGCGUGUUCCUGUGGGUGAACUAUCAUGUUUGGCAGUGAUCACUUGCGCGAAGAUAUCUUGCAGUUCCUCGAGUAGAUGUCUAUUUCAGAAAGGCCAGGGAUAAGAAUGGGAUACAGCCAUAGAGUCUUGACAAGCCUUUACAGUAAUAAUAAAUAUAUAUUUUAAAGAAGGACAUAAGAGGAUGGAUUGCUCAACAACAUUUCUCCCCUAAUAGACAGGCUCUUUCUCUGUAAAUGUUGACUGUUUCCCUUACAAUUUGGACCGGUUUUAAUGCGUGUCUCUCUAGAGGUGUGUUUGUCCUCACUUUCCUACCCUUUCCUCCUCUCCCUGCCUCUUCUCAGGGUGCUUCUGCUGAGGAAUCCUUUCUAGUCUGGAGUUUGAGAACAGUUGCCCAGCGCCGUCACAUCAAUCAAUUGAUCCAACAAUCUCUCUGCAAUCGGAACUAUUUCCAGUUGAAGUCUAGCGUGCAUCUUAACCGUUGCAUUAACAAUUCCUCAGAGGUUUUUAGUUUUGAUUCAGCAGUGGUUCUGAAUCUGCAUUCCAGUUUCAGUGUGAUCUCUCCUGCCCAAUCCAUUGGAGUUAACAUUUCCCAGAGAGGCCGGCCUAGGAAAACCACCUCCAAAUAGUACCUCAUGGUUGGAAGCAUCCUUCAGUCCGAUUAUUAACAUUAUUAACUUAUAUUGUUGUGCCCUUUUCCUGGAUGGUGUCAACCAAAAUCAGCCCUGCUUGCGAAGCUGAGACCAAAUGCUGAACAGGUUCUAGCUGUUUGCGAACGGCCUGUUCCUGUCGAAAUAGAUUAUUGCUCUGAAGCAUGCAGGUUUAAAUGAAGUUGUCCCGUGGAAGCGUUUAGCACACACACGUGUAGAGUCACUGCUGUUGGGUGUGGACUGACCCUGCUCGGUAAUCAAAAUCAAAGCAAUAUUUGUCCGAACACAUUUUUCUUGUUUCCUUUCUUUUUUUUUUUUUUAUCCCAUACAAGACAGAUUUCUCCUUGUAUUUCAGUUUUUCUAUGUGCAGCAGUUGCAGUCUGUAUGUAGAAAUGUUUUUAACCUUAUCCUACGCUUCUCUUGAUUUUCUAAGAUGAUGCAGUUUUACUUUAUGAUAAUCCUCAUUCAUUUAAAGCAUGCAGUUUCCCUUAAAACAACACCUCUUUCAUUUAGGCAGGUUUUCUUUCUGACUUCAGAGAUGACUAAUAUGAAGGCACACCUCAAAAUGGGGCUUUUCUAAAACACCCACUGAUUAGGAUGUUCAGAAUCAGCUCUUGUACUUCAUAGAAAUGUCUUAGCGCUUUACAUUGUGUCCUAACCAGGUAUAACCCUGUAAGUUGCAAUGUGUCGUGUCUGCCAAAAGGACUAAGCAACAGGACGCUUAGUCUUUUACAUUUUUUGGUUUUUUAUUUUUGUGGCAUUGUGCUCGGUAGUUCCUCCCACUGUUAACCUCAAUGGUCCAAAUUCGUUCCAUAGGCUUUGACAGGCAGGCAUGUUUGGAUGGACAAAUUCGCUGGGAACUUGUCACAUCAUGCCUGGUUAGGAUCAGUGUUGAACUGAAACAGCUCUUCUAUAGAAAGAGCCUCAUUAAUAUACACUUUCUAAUCUGUGCAGAGGUUUCUUCUUUGGGUUUUGUAAAUGAUGAACUCUUGUACAGUAUUGCGUUCUGUCUCUCUUCUUGGCAAUAUUAACCACGAGCGAUUUUAAAUACUUUUACUGCAGGUCUUGUAUUGCACAGAGAAGUUCAAUUGAUUCACGCUGACUCUUUAAUGGGAAUCAGAUAUGCGUUUUAUUGUUUUUGAUAAUGAAGGGAAUAUGUUUGUGUUUUGAAGUAUUCAGUUUAGUUGAUGGUUUUUGGCUCAUGAGAAACUGACAGGCAAGGUUGACACUGUUUACACAUUAGCCAAGAGGAAAUGCUGCAGUUUCACUUUUCGUAGUUACUGAACAUUUUCAGAUGGAUGAAAUCAUGACUUAAGUGCAAUUAGACCAAAUAUUAUAAACAUGAAGAAGCUCAUGUUUUAUUUCAAAACAGCAUUCCAGAAAGAGCCUGACAUUCCCACUUUUUUCUAGUUCACUUCUUUCUUUCUUGUUUCUUCUUCCCUGUCAAUAUUUUGAUGCCACUUACGGAUUUGUCAGAAACCAAUUUUUAUUUCCAUUUUGGCCCAAGUUCUUACAUGAGACCUUUAACAUUUCUCUGCAUUGUUGGCUCUUGGCAUUGCUGGGCUGUCUGUGUUUGGACCAGGAUUUAAUUAAACUCUUUUGGCCUCUUACAAUCACUCAAGGCUUUCAGAGAAGAUUAUUAUUUUUUUGGUUCUUUUAGGUAAGAAAUAAUAUAUUUUUUUUAUAUAAAUGUAGCUCUACGCUAGCAUUGGACCAGUUAGAUUUCGACUUCCACCAAACUGCAUCGACCUCAAAGAUACCACAUGUCUUUGAAGUUUUUAGUCCUCUAAUGUUAAAGAGAAGGAUUUCUGAAGGGUUAUAAGCAAAUUAUGGCGGUGUGUCCCCAUUGAUGACGACCCUGGUAUAAACCCACCUGGUUUUCCAGCAUUACCAACAAGUCUGAUUUAAACUAAAUGAAGGAGUGGCAGUGUGUGUAUUCAGUAUAACAGGAUUUGGUUUUGAUUUCUAAAAUUGGUUCAAAUCCAUUUGUUGUUUCCAUUUCACAAGCUGUCAUCUGUUAGUAUUUUGUUUAAAGAAAUCCUAUUCCUUCUUAAAAGGAGUCCCACUCUCAUGCUAUUUAUAAUCUGGUCUCAAAUCUAGUUCAUGUUAUUUCUUCCUUCCUCUGUCCCCUUUGUCCCAGAAUGUAAUGGUGGCCCUUUAAGUUCAGAGAGGUUACGUUGUUAGUUCAUGUUCAACCUGGUGGGAACCAUCUAAAAAGGCCAGAAUUUCCACCCAAAGCCUUGUAGACAAAUUGAAUAUCUUUCCGACCAGGAAAAACUGCUUAAACUGGCCUGAUCUGGUCUUCUGGGCUCAAGCCAGUUGGUCUACCAGCUUGAGAGGCCAGCUUCAGCUGGUUUAAGGUAUUACAUUGUUCCUUCACAGCCAGGAAAAAUGGCUUUGUUAUUCAGAAUUCAGACCUGUUCCAUUAUUUUAAGUAUUAGAAUUGAAUAAAAGCAAUACUUAGCAGAUAUGAUACAGCUUUAGCAUGAGCUAUGCAGUAGAGACUCAGUCAGCACCCUAAUGCAGUUUCAAUACUCAGAUCUCACCAGAAGUCAGCUGCACGCUUUUCUAGUAACCCACAGGCUGUGUGACCUUUAUGGUAGUGGUUAGUUAUCUCACUACUAAGUCACGUAACCCAAAGCUUAUCUGGUGUGGCUUGUUUGGUGCUGUAUGUUUUUUGUAUCCGUCAGCAGUGGUGCACUGUUCUCGGUCUUCUCAAAUGCACUGCCUUACCAGCCAUCUCAAGUCGAGAUGAAAUCUCCAGUCUGCAACCUUCGAGGCAGAGAUGGACUGAGUACGCUUUCUUUAAGAACUGAGCUACUAUCAUGUGCACUGUAAACAAGGAGAGUUGAUGUUAUGUUUGUGCCUUCCCAAUGUCUUAACUUUACUCUGGUCUGUCUUAAGCUUUGUUCUCUGGGAGAGUUGUGUGUCUCCAUUUUGCUCUUAAUGUCAUCACGUCAUGUAUAUCUCUCACAGGCUUGAAAACCCUACUGUGCUGUUGAGGGCCAUUUUGAUCUUAUCUAAACAUCAGUUUGAAACUUCAUGGCAUCAUACAUGGAUAUAACAACAGAAAUUUAGUAGAAGAAUGCUGCAGUGAUGGCCAACCUGAAAGUUCAUCAAAACCAAUAAGACUUUUCCAUUGGAUUUCAGAUUAUUGCAGAAGAUAAGCUCUGUGACUAACAAAAGUUUAUGAAUCUUAAAUGUUUUGUUCAUCAUAUGCUUCACAAAUGAACACGAAUUUAUUGAAUUUUGAAGCCUUAAUCCAAUUGCCAAACGUAGGCAGUAAGCGGACUACAGUCAUUGCAUGACUUCAACAUCAACACCAUUAAGCUUCAACUUUUUGAAAACCUUUCCUGGGAAGUCUGAGUUAGAAUAGUUUACAAGAGUUCAAUUAUAAACACACCGUGGCUAUAAAAGCAACUAAUGAGUAGAUUAAUUUACUUCUCUGGCGUGAUGCUAUUCAAUUUCCAAAAAAACACUGUAGUCCCAUUUAGAUGCUUGUUAACAUCUGCCUUUUUCAAGACAAGUGAAAGCUUUAAAAAAAAAAGUGUUACUGAUUCAUGUGAACAUAUCUUGAGAUUGUGUUCACUACAGACCUUAUAUUUCAGGCAUUUAACCAAAAACACAUUCUAGAAACCCCACUGACUUCAGGAUGAUGUAACCAGAGGUGCUAAACUGCAUUUUUAGGUUUUGGUCUACUGAUUUGAGUCGUCCCUGCAGCACUUUGUAGUUUGGUUAAUGACGCAAGACCAAAUUUGGGGGGAAAUAUGUAAAAUGUGACUAUCAAGCUGAGAUUUUGAUAAUUCACGUUAAAUUUGGUGUUGUAUUUUCAAUGGUAACAGCACAGGAGGGUUUAGCACAAGCUAGAUUCCUAUAGAUAUUUCAUGUCUGAAUUUCCUUCCCUCUACGGAUGUGUGAAAAUUAAUCAAAUCAUGUCCUUAACUCACCCUUGCAUAAAUGUCGAGUACAGCCUUUUAAAAGCAUUUAAUUUCCCUUUAAUGAUUAGGCCAUCUGCAUCCUAGAUAAACACAGGGUUUCAUGGUUAGGGUUAAAGUUGGAUAAGUUGAAAUAAAUUGGGAAUUUAUUUUCCAAAAAGCACAAGCAUUCCAGCCUGCAAAAGAGUGUAUUGCAGUUCAAAUUCAGGUUUUGGUCACAUCACAUGAUGUGAUGGUUUUCCUGUUCCUCAACUGAAAUCGGAGGAUAUUUCUAGAGUAUAUCUGGUGUGCAGAAGCCCUAUUCGUCUUCGCAUUAAGGGAAUCCCAUGUUGUUCUUCCAUAGAGCCUCACCUAAUCAUGUAACAUAGAGGUUUGUCACCUUGAUGCAGUGAAAUGUCCAGCACUUAUUUCCCCUCACCUGUAGUGUUAUAAUAAAUGUUUUGCCAUCAUACUGAAUCAUUUGAAACGGUGUAAAACAAUCAUCCAUUUGUAUGCUUGUACAGAUAUGAAGAUAAGUUUUGUAUAGUAUUAGCUUGUUAAUAACGCCUUACGAUGUGCACCGUUCGUAAACGCUGUGUAGAAGUGACUCCCCGGUCGUAUGAUAUCGCACGUUGUUGUGACCGUGGACUCCUCUGAAAAGGUGGUUUGGGGUGCUCACUGACAACAAUUAGUGACGUUGCACUUACUGAUUGUAAGACGAUAAUUUGGGACUAGCUCAUAAUGUGUAUCUUUGUUGAACACAAUGUAAGCUUAACAUACGUUCUAAAUCUUUAAUGUUGUAUUUAUAUUUUGCUCUUGUUAGGAGGGCAGAAGUGAAGUGGUUUGAGGAAGUGAGUGAAAGCGGAGUCUGUGUUAGAAGAUGCUGCGUAUAAAGCGAGAUUAUCUGCAGUUAUUGAUAAUAGUGUUGGCUGAGAGUCCUGGGAAAGUCCAUUUUAGUCUCCCGGUUGACUGUCGGUGUGAAUGGCGAGUUUUGAGCUGACAUGUCAUAGUUUGUGAAGUGUGAGCCCGACUGAACCCAGCUGAGGAUAACCGUCUGGGUUAUGAAUGAAAGCGCAGCUCAGUAUCAGUAACAUUUCAGUGUGUAAUAGUGGUAACAUUGCUUUUUUUUAUUUCAUUGAAUGUGUAUAUAUUGUUUUGGAAGGCUUUAUGAAGCUAACACAGACAGAACUCGGUGGCACGGCAGGCCAGAGUCAGUAAUGUCGGCUGAAAUCAGGUUUCAAACGGUUGCAAGGUUUUAAAGGAGUCAUUAUAUACUCUCGAAUUUGACAUUGUACUUCUUGGCACUAAGUGACACUGCUUUUUAUGUGAUGUGUGACCGGUUUGAAAAGAAAUGGCAUCUUUGUUUAAUGCAUAAAAUCUGCGAAAUAUAUGCAAUGAUGUACGUGUAAUAUUCAAUCCUCAAGUAUAAUCCAGGUUGUAUAAACUUUGUAUAGUACAUUUUAAUAUCGUAUGGCCGUACCAAUAUGUAUUAAUUCUUCUCAGAAGCCUUAGAGUCGUCUACCCAAAGUGCUCCCUUAGACUACCCUACACCUACCUGAACUUUACAAAGCAUUAAUAACUAUAUUUUGUUGCGUUUUUAUUUGUACCCUUUUUUGAAUAAAAUAGAUUUGUACUGUAUAUUUGUACCUCUUUGUGAACUACUUAAGGCUGUUUUGUUUCAUUUUUGUUUUCCUUGUUUGUUUUAAUUCUAUGUAAGGACACAAAGAUAUUGUAUUUUUAUUGUUACAGCUAACUUCUUGGAAACAUUGCAUUUAUCAUGUUUGUUAAGUAAACACAAUAUAAUAUAAUAUAUAUAUCUAUAUAAUAUUAA